UGCGGCCUUUCGAGAUAUGUUCGUGUCGGAUUGGGGCAAUGGACUGGAACUGACCGAGUUCGCGGAUGCGUUUGCAGAAGAGGCGCAACCCAGAGACAAACAUUACCGCAAGUAUGCGAGCGGCAUCGAAAGGGCCCUGUCGCUCUUUGACACGGCCUUGCAGGAAUGGGCCGACUACAUCUCCUUUCUGAACCGGCUGCUCAAGGUGGGAGCUCCGAACACGGCGGAUCAAGAGUCGGUCACGACGGCGAUGCUAACCGAUGGUCUUGUCAUCACGACGCCAGGCACUGCAAGCUCGACCGUCCUCCGUCUCGACCAUACCCUCCAAGGCGACCGUCGCAAAGCGAUUGUCGCAAUGCCUGAACCCGUCGCUGCCCUCGGGCGUCCACCAGAAGGCCCUCGAAGUCUACAGCUACAUCUUUUCCGUCAUUGGCAAGGAUGGCCUCUCCCGCGACCUGCCUCUCUACUUUCCCGGCCUUGCCUCGGUCCUGUCCUUCGCCUCGCUCACCGUCCGCGCCCCUUUUCUCGACCUCCUCGAGCGUUACUUCUUGGACCUCGAUCCCCGUGCGCUGCGUCCAGCCAUGAAAUCCGUCGUACUUGCCCUGCUGCCGGGGCUCGAGGAGGAGACGAGCGAGGACUUUGACCGCACCUUCAAACUCGUCGAGCGGUUCAAGGCUGCGAUCCGCCCGCCCGGAAGCCGGGACAUCACGGAGACUCACUCCUCGGGCGAUGGUUUUUUCUGGCAAUGCUUCUUUCUGGCCUCCAUCACCGGCCACAGCCGGAGAACGGGCGCACUGGCCUACCUUCUGCGCUCCCUCCCCCGUCUGGGCCACCCGCUACACCCGGAAGCGUCCAAGGCGUCGUCUGCCGAGGAAGAGAUAUCCCCCAAACUCUCGCAGCUCGUCACGACUCCGGAACCCGGAUUGCUUAUACGUUGCUUUGCCGCCGGUCUCGCAGACGACCAGCUCCUCAUCCAGCGCGGCUUUUUGGACCUGCUCGUCACCCAUCUCCCGCUGCAUUCCAACGUUCUUCAGCGUCUGGCCAAACGCGCCGAUCUUGAGCUCCUCCUCAGGGCAGCUACCGGGGUGACGGUCCGGCGAGAUAUGAGCCUAAACAGGCGGCUGUGGUCCUGGCUGCUCGGUCCCGAGCCCCCCGCCUCUGCCGAGCAUGAUGGCGGGCUGGAUUCCCCUACCUCCACCGCCUCCACCGCCGCCGCCGCCGCCGCCGCCCACACGCACGGAUACCUCUCUUCUCGGACGACCUAUUUCGAGGAGUUCGGCCUGCAACCGCUGACGCGGGCCCUGCUUGCCCUCGUUGAAUCGGACUCUGGCAAUAGUCCUUCGGAGCGAGCACGCCCCUACCGCAUUUGUCUUUCCCUAAUGGACCGGUGGGAGAUUGGAGGCUUGGUUGUGCCCGAGCUUUUCCUCCCGAUCGUGAAUAGCGUGAGGAAGUUCAAGGCCAAGGCCGCGAGCAAAACCGACUUUGCCGAAGUUCUGCGGAGCGCCAGCGUGUUCUUUGACGGCGUCGAAAGCGGACUGAUUUAUGGGGAGAUCCUGGCCCUGAUGGCGCAGGCGAUCGGUCCCGGCGAUUUAUCAAGCGCAGAGCGCAGAGACAAGCUCGACCUCGUCAAGUUCAUACUGGCACAUUUCAAUGUCCGGGAGGAAGAGAUGAUCACGCUCCACGCCCCCCUUACUGCUCUCUCCAUUCUGUGUAUGAUAGGAGAGACCAAGGGCGAUAGCGCGCCUAGUAAGGGGGCUUCAGUUCCGCUCGGAGAUGUCUCCAUAUCGGAGACCGCCCUGAGCAUUGCCUGCACCUUACUCGAGCUAGUUCCGGAACGAGCUUUUUCAGAAGGAGCUCGGAAGCAGUCCACUACUACUACUUCGGUCCAAUCACCGACCUCGGCACCCUCGCCGAACGCAGAAGUCCUCAAGAAGAUCAAGACAUUCUACGACACCGAUCAAGGCAAUCUGGAAGUGGCGUCACCCCCGUUUGCUGCGCACGACCUCGCCGAGCUUCUCAUACAGAAGGCAUGCGAUCUGACCUGCUCGUCGCUCGCCCGGCGAGAACCGGGGGCAGCGCUGGCUACAAAAAGCAGGAUCGUCGUGCUUCUCCUACCCAAGCUCCCUCAGACAGUGUCCUUCGACACAAAGAAGCUCCUGUCGGCGCUUCAUGAUUGUCUGGUGGCCGACGAACCGAUCUCCUUCUCCACCUAUUCUUCCGUCCUCUCACUCUCAUCCCAUCUCUUCUCGGCGGACAGAAUAUCAACCGUUGAGCUCUCAGACCUUGUCAUGCCGCUCGUGCGUCACGCGUGGGCGUAUCUCUCGGCGGCGGAACCUAAAUAUCAUGUUGAGACGGUCCGCAGCCUCUGGCUACUUCAGAGCGCUCUCUCACGCUCGAAUCGAGAUAUCGAAGCUGCCAUCUGCUCUCUGAUGCUCCAGAAGGACACUGCGGGCACAUUUGCGCAGAGGCCAGCCGAUCCUGGCCGGAGCUUCGGCGUCCUCUGGACCCAUACCCUGCAAGAUAACCCCUCCGCGCUGGAACGGAGGGGCCCGAAGACGACAAACGGCGACAUCACGGGCCCGGCCCGCCUCGCAGGGAUGGAACAUUACGAAAUUAUGCUGACCCGGCCACUGUUUUUGAUGCUCGACGCGCUCGACGACGAGAAAACGCAGCUUUUCAUGACGGUAAAGACCUGGCUUCAUAGUCUGAUCGGCAUUGACAGGAUGUUCACCGUUUUCGUCACAAAGUUCUCCGACUUCGCAUUCCUCCGGCGCCGACGAGCAUCCAACUCGGGUCCGGCCGAGUAUGCAGAGGAUGACGAUCUCAGCCUGGCCUUGUACUACAUGCGCACCCUAUCUAACGUUUUGCGCUGGGCGCCAGAAGCAACCUGGGCCGUGCUCGCCAAGAGGGUUAUUCGGUCAGAUGCUUACCAGCCGCCUCUUUCAGAAAUCAAGAUCUUCCUCCAUGUCUGCCUACAAUGCAUUGCUCAUGACAAGGCACCGGGCGAGGAAGGGUCGGAAGCGAGGGCAACACAGCUGCACCGUGCUGCCCUGACGGUUCUUCAGCAAAUCCUCCACAACCCAUUCUCCGAGCACUUCGCAAAGCUCCAUCUCGAGGACACCUUGAUCGAGAAACUGCAGCACUCUCUCAGCGGACCUGACCCCUAUGUGCAAGCGUUGCUGCUGGAUGUCGUCUACGCCGCCCUCAAGCUCCGCGAGUUGGUCCCUGCGGAGCCGCCGUCCUCGCCGACGCAGGAGAAGCGCAUGGGGCAACUCGAAGCUGCAAGAGGCUCCAAGUCAUCUCUGACAGAGAAGCCCAUGGUCCUACAGCCGCCUCCUCCGUCGUUGCUCAAGUGCAUCUUGGCCGGCUUCAGCUCACCAAAUAGCAGGCCGGUCUUGGACAGCUGGGUUGGGUUCCUGACCGAAUGCCUGCCGCUCUACACAGAUUCUGUCUUCCAGGUCCUGAUCCCCUUGGUGGAGACGCUUUGCCGCCAGAUCGGAGACACUUUCGGCAGCCUCCAGCGCCUGUUCCGAGCCACCGACCAGACGCCCUCGCACGGCGCUGCCGGCCCGGAGACCACGCUAAUCUCUCUCCUGAACGGCCUCGAGAAGGUCCUAGCCAGGGGGCACGACAGGUUACUGGCUGAGGAGGCCAGGGCCCAGGUUGUCAAGAGCCCGGACCAGCCUCAAGGAUUUUUCGGCAACAUGGUGUCGGGGGUGUUUUCGUCGGACGCCCCGCAGACGCGGAGUGCCACGGCCAACGACAGGCUUACCGUCUUGCUUGCCUUCCAGGAUGCCGUCCGCAUGUGCUUUACCAUCUGGUCCUGGACGCAAGGGAGCGAUGCAGCAGGGCAGGACGCCACGUCAGGGGCCUCCCUCAACUACACGUCCCUGCGCAUGAGGAACAGGGCAAGGAGGCUGCUGGAGCACCUAUUUGCCGCCGAGACGCUCGAGUGUCUGGAGACCGUGAUCGGGAUAUGGCGUGGCGCGCUGGACAGCGCCGACGCGUCCAAGGCCGCCGAGGUGUUCAACCUGCUCCCGGCCCUCGACGGGUCGCGGCCGAAGCAUACCAUCCCGGCACUGUUCAACGCCAUAUACAGUCGGACCAACCCUGGCGUGCUGGACCCGUCGAGAAGGUCGACUCUUACCGUCGAGCUGCAGGACACGGACCUGGUCAUCUUCCUCGUAGACUACACUCGGUCCUUGGAGGACGAUACCAUGGACGAGAUAUGGCAGGAUUGCACCGCUUUCCUCCGAGAUAUCCUCGCCAACCCGUUCCCGCACCGGCAGACUCUGCCGAGCUUGCUCGAGUUUGCGGCUAUCCUGGGCGAGAAGGUGGACAAUACCAACUUCGGCGAGCAGCGCAAGAUGCGCCGCGACCUGGCGGAUCUGUUCCUGCGGCUGCUCACAGCCAUCUUCACCGCCCGUCCGGCCAGCUUCGACAGUACAGGAUCGUCAGGCGGCAGCGGCUCGGAAAAGCGGCCGAGCGAAGUCGCCCGACAUUCGUCCCUUAGACUACCCGCGGAGCGAGCGGACGAUAUCGUCGGCAUCCUGUCCACCAUCGUGCCUAACCUGCCCAAGAUCCUGGUGGAGAACGAUCGCAUCCUCGCAGCAGCCGCGGCCAUCUCCACCAACGUCAUCGGCCCGGCCCUGCGGUCCAAAUCCUUCCCGGACACCAUCUCCAAGUCCAUGUUGACGCUCCUCCAUGAACUCUCGCGGCUCCCGAACAACCAGAAGGCGUGGAAGAAGGACGUGUCGGACGCGUUCAACGACCCUCGCUUCUUUGGGUCCAACCUCGCGCUGGUGCAUAGCGACUGGCUGCCGCUCCUCAAGCAAUGGACCGUGGCAGACAAGGAGCGGAUGCCGGAGCUCCUCUCGCGGCUGACGCCGCCGACGACGGCUGGCAUCGUCUUCGGGGUGGGCGCGACCUCGGCGCGGCUCGAGGCGGACCGCAAGACGCAGCUGACGCUGCGGCGGAUGGCGACGCUGAUCCUGGCGUGCGGCACCGACGCGUUCGUGGUCGAGCUGCCGGCCAUCGCGGACAAGCUGACGGAGCUGCUGUCGGCGACGGCGACGUCGUCCCCGUCGUCGACGACGCGGGCCGAGGCGUACAUGCUGGUGCGGGCGCUGGUGCUGCGCACGAGCGCGGUGCACCUGGCCCCGCUCUGGCCGGCCGUCAACGCCGAGCUGCACGCCGCCCUGGCCUCCGUCGUCGCGCCCGACCACAGCCCCGCCUCCGACACGUACGGCAACGCCGCCGUGCUGCAGGCCUGCAAGCUGCUCGACCUGCUGGUCUGCGUCGCGCCGGACGAGUUCCAGCUGCACGAGUGGCUCUUCGUCACGGACACGAUCGACGCCGUGUACCGGCCCGAGUUUGGCGGCAGCAGUAGCAGCGGUGUGGGUGGUAGCGGCGGUGGUGGUGGUGGUGGAGGUGGUGGUGGAUACCAGCCGGUGGCGCUGGUGGACGAGGUCAGCGAGGAGCUGGGGGCCGUCGGGCUGAUGAUGGUGGGAGACGCCCCUUCUUCUUCGAUGGCGGCGCCGUCGUCAUCGAUAUCGCCGUCGCCGUCGUCGUGGUCCGGGCCGAGGCGGCCGUUGCUGGGCACGCCCGGGGGUAUUAGCGACGAGGUCGGGUUGGAGAGGAAGGACGAGCUCGUGGCCAAGGUGUUGCGGCCCUUCUUUGGCCAGCUGAGCAUCUACGCGUUCGAGUCGACGUACGCGAUGACGCCGGUCGAUUGGGACGGGUGUGUGGCGCUGCUCGUGAAGGAUCUGUUUGACGAGCGGACCAUCGUCAGGGCGUUGUAGUUGCAAUCGGUAGUGUAGCGUAGUGUCGUUGUAGCAGUAUAGUG